AUGAACAAAUUGAGACAACUUGCAGAUAUGGUGGAACAUUUGCGAGUCCUCGGUUAUCCACGACUCGUUUCCAUGGAAAAUUUUCGAACUCCAAAUUUCAAGUUGAUCGCUGAAUUACUAGAAUGGAUAGUGCAUAGAUACGACGCCCAAGUUUCUAUGCCGCUUGUGAUUGAAACAGAACUGGAACGAGCAUUUUUUAUAAAAUCAGCAAUAUUCUAUAUUUUUCAGAAGGCUCGAAUAAAACUCAAUCCAAAAAAAUUAUAUAUGGCAGAUGGAUAUGCAGUUCAAGAGCUCGCUGUUGUUGUGCAAAAUUUAUAUGAAAUAACACGUCGUCCAACUGACUUGAAUCAAAAUGCUACAAUUAGUUCAAUGAGAAAUAUUAUACUCAGCAAAAUAAUGUAUCGGAAAACUGAAAAACUGAAAAGGCAGUUUCAGGGAGAAGAAUUACAAAAAUGUCGCCAAUUAGCAUUGCAAAUUCCAAACCAUGGCGCAACAUUGUAUGACCUAUUAGCAAAAGAGGUCAUUGCAAGGACUGAGCGGAACAAAGCGUUAUCAUUCUCAUUAAGUUUAUCAGAUGGUGAAAAAGCUGUUUUGCAAGCUAUCCAAGCUAUACAAGAAGAAUUAGCUGUAAUAAAUAACAAUUUGCAAAAUGUUAGUUCGGAUGAAGCAGCAUUGGAUGCUAAAAUUGAGCGACGAAAAAAGGAAUAUGAUCAGCAGCAGAAACGCUUAGCUAAAUUGCAGUCAUUUCGCCCACAAUGUAUGGAUGAAUACGAAACAUAUGAAAUGAAAUUAAAACAGCUAUACGCUAUUUACGUGUUGAAAUUUAGAAAUGUAGCAUUUUUGCAAGAGUUGCAGAAUCAAUUUGAUCACGAAGAACAACAACGUAACGCAGAUAUUGAACAGAAUAUGCGCAACAUGGUGGAGCGUAUGCGUGCACAAGAAUUGAUGCUUCGUGAAGCACAGAUGGCUGGAUUAGACAAAGAAGCAAAUUUAACAAAAUCAAAAGUUAAAGGAUCAAAAGUAUUUGGCAAUAUGAUCGGAGCAGGAAUCAGUGAUGAUGAUGAAGACGAUGAUGAUGAUGAGGACGAUCGGGAAAAUGACAUUUUUUACGCAGAUGAUGACGAUGGUGAUGAUGAUGACGAUGAUAAUAUUCCAUAUCGCAAUAAAAUGGACAAAUCGGAACCUGAACGAAGCAAUGAAAAUGUUAAGAAAUUGGAUAUUAGCAGCGAAGAUGAUUUCUGA